AUGGAGCAGCGCGCGCUCCUCCAGCUCGCGGCCCUGGCGUCGCUCGCCACCAUCAGCGCCUUUGUGGCCGUGGGGCUCUUCCGCAAGCGCCACCAGCAGCAGCACAGACAGCAGUCGAUUGACGACGGUCCGAAGCAGUCGAACGAGGUCGAAGUCUCUCGUCCACUACCGUCUCGAGCGUCGCAGCCAGAGGCAGCCGCUGCUGCCCCUUCUGUUGCUCCAUUCGCUUCGUCAGCUCCUUCUUGUCCGCCUCCAGACGCGCAGGAGGCGCCGCCGGUCGUGAACUUGGGAGAGGCCGAAGCCACGUUAGCCACGACGAAGUACAAGGCCGGGGACUUCCACGAAGCCAUUGAGCUCUACUCGGUGGCCAUUGCCCUCUGCGAAGAGCAGCAGCCGCCGCUCGACGGCCGCAACCUCAAAGUCAUGUACUCGAACCGCGCCGCUGCGUACGAGAAGCUCGAGGACUAUACGAACGUCGUGGACGACUGCUCGAAAGCGUUGCGGCUGGACAAUCGACACACAAAGUCGUACGUGCGUCGGGCAAAGGCGAAAGCUGCGCUGGGCGACCUGCGCGGAUCGCUCGUGGACUAUGUCUGUCUCUUGGUCAUUGCCGAGGAGCAACAGGAGCAAGUGGACGAGACGCUGGCGCAGGAGAUCAGCCGCAUCCACAGUGACAUUACGCUCAAGGAGAUUGAGGACGCGCAGCAGAACAAACAGAACCCCGUGCGGUACCUCCCGGACCAGUUCUUCGUGACGUCGUACUACUCGUCGUUCCAUCCGAGUGACGAUGAGAACGACGUCGUGGCCGACAAGUCGGCUGACGAGUACACGGCCGAGUUGGAGGCGCUGGGCGCUGCCACAGAGGACUCUCGAGCGCCGCGUGGGUUGCUGCUGACGAAGCGGGGGCUGGCUCUGAAGAAAGAGAAGGACUACGACAUGGCGGCCAAGGACCUCGCUGCCGCGUGCGAGCUCGUCCGGUUUGACGAAGAGGCGUAUUACACGGCUCAGAUCGAGAAUGGGACGUACCACCACUUGCGGGGCGAGUUUGCGCUCGCUCGAAAGUCGUUCGAAGAGGCGCUUGCGGCAAAGCCGUACUCGAUCUUUGCCAAGAUCCGCAUGGGCGGUCUCUGUUUCGACCAGAAGGACCUGAAGAAGGCGCUCGAGUGGUUUGACAAGGCGCUGGCUGAGAAGGCCGAGUGCUCGACGGCGCACUUCCACCGCGGCCAACUCCACUCGAUCGACGUGUCACCCGACGGCACGAGCAACGAAGCGUCGAUGGCGGCCGCGCUGAGCGACUUGGAAACGUGCAUUCGUCUGGCGCCAGACUUUGCCAUGGCGUACAUCCAGUUGGGUGUCACGCACGCGCGGAACGGGAACUUCCAGGGCGCAGUCGACUACCUCACGACCGCGGCUCGCAUUACUCCGGACGUGCCCGAGAUCUACAACUACCUGGGCGAGACGUACAUGCAGAUGCUGCAAGCUCCGGGCAGCGCUGUCGAUCUCAAGACCGUCGAGGAGAUGUUCGAGAAGGCGAUUGCGCUGGACCCGUCGUACCCGAUGGCGUACAUCAACCAGGGCAACCUGUUGGUGCAGAAGGGCACCGAGUACGGCCACGAGGCGCUCGCGCUGUUUGAAAAGGCCGUCGAGAUGUGUCCGCGCUCCAAGUUUGCCUACUGCCACCUCGCGCAGGUGUACAUGGCCAUGCAGGAGUACGCGCGCGCGAUCGAGCAGAUCGACAAGGCCGUGGCCUUUGCCUUUAGCAAAGACGAGCUCAACGAGCUGUUUGCCAUCCGCGUGACGGCCGAGACGCACCAGCAGGCCGCCGAGCUGCUCCACUAG